AUGGCCAUGCGCAUGCGAGGUGCGGUUGUCGCGAGCAGCGGGUUCGCCGCGCUGCUGGUGGCGUGCCUGCUGAGCGCAAGCGGGCCGAACUUGGCCUCGGCGCAAUGGGACUGGACCUCGCAGCUGCUGCCCAACUACAAGGCGCAGGCUCAGACGGUCAUGCGGCUGGCGGCGAUAAGUCUGAAUCAGACGUAUUAUUCCAGAUUCACCCAGCUCUUCGCCAGCUACUUCAAGUCCGGGGAUCUGGUCAUCGAUCAGGAUGCAACCAUCCUCAUCCCCACCAAUGGAGGCCUUUGGCGCUGCCCAAAAGCAAGAAAUUUUUACAACCUCACCCGCAAUCAGAAGCUCCGGUUCCUCCGUUACCACAUUCUCAAGGGCCGUUACCUCGCGUUGGAUAUCAAUACCGCCGCUCCUAACACGCUCUUCCCGACUUUCAAUCAGAACCUGCCACUCAACAAGACUUCUAAUACGAUCUGGUACACGUAUUUAGAUACGGUUCCACAGAGGGUUGUGGCGAACCAAGGGUACCGGUAUUCGUAUACUGGGGUGGAGGUACCAAAUGCGGGGUUGGUGAAAAACAUCGCUGCACAAGGAGUGUCAUGGUGCCUCGACCCGCCCAACCUCUGA